AAAAAAUUAUCAGAAAAUAUGCAUUUGUAUUUUUGGGCUAUAAAGAGUAUUGUAGAAAGAAUAUUAGCUAUCAUGUAACAUUGUAUAUGUUCUUAUUUAGCUACCUCACGAUUCCCAGUGCAGUUAAUCAAGCCUGAAAAGGAUUUUUAAACGAAACCGAAAGUGUUCACACACAUUGUUAAAAAGCUGUCUUAAAAGCUAAAAAUCAUGCAAAAAGUACAUCAUGGAGACAGUCUGUACCAGGAAUGUAUCUUUCAUGACUUAUAAUUAGAAUAAAAUUCAGUAUAGGUACUAUCAUUCGGUGUCAAACCCUAUAGUAAUGUACCGGAAAUGAAUUUGUUGAAAUUUCCAACGAGCCACCACGUUUCAAGAUGGCGAAAACCCAAGAAGCAAAUAUUCCAGCUUUAUGGGCUGAAUUACAGAAAUAUGGACAGAACCAAGACUGGGAAAGAUCCUUGAAAUUAUCUAACAAAAUUCUCCAAGAACUUCCAAGAGAUGAGACUGCAUUUCACUGUCGCAUUGUAUGCAUGAUCCAACUGGGACGCUUUGAUGGAGCUCUGAAGGCUAUGUACAAAGAAUCAAAACUAUCAGAGGGACUGUUGUUUGAACGAGCAUAUUGCCAGUACAGAUUGAACCAGUCAGUGGAAGCACUGAAGACUAUACACAGCAUUCAAGACCCUGAACCAAGGACAAAAGAACUCUUAGCUCAAGUGCUAUAUCGUCUGGAGAAGUAUGAUGAAUGCUUUAGUGUGUAUAAAGAUGUCAUCAAGAACUCUAAUGAUGAUUAUGAGACUGAAAGAGAGACAAAUCUCUCAGCUGUUUUGGCAGCUUUACAGAACUGGACUGGUCAAGAUGUGGAUGACCCAGGUUUGAAGGAGGAUACAUAUGAGCUCUGCUACAAUAAUGCUUGCCUUCUCUUGGGAAAGGGGAAGUAUAAGGAGGCUGAAGAAAAGCUGAGACAAGCUGAAGCGCUCUGUCGUGAAAGUUUUGAGGAUGAUCCAGAUGUGACAGAAGAUGAGAUAGAUGAGGAACUGGGGAUUGUAGUGGUACAGAGGGCCUACUGUCUACAGAUGAUGGGCAAGGAAGAAGAGGCUAUGAAGAUGUACAAUACUGUGGUGAAACAGAGACCAUCGGACAUGGGUCUCCUUGCUGUUGCUUCCAACAAUAUCGUCACCAUACACAAAGAGCAGAAUGUGUUUGACUCCAAGAAGAAGAUAAAAGUUGCAACAGCGGAUGGGUUACAUCAGAAACUGACAACAGAGCAGAGGAAAUUGAUCGCAAUUAACCAAGCCCUACUGCUGAUGUACACAAACCAGGGAGACCAGUGUAGGAAAACAGUGCGCAGUCUGCAGGAUAAGUACCCAGAGAGUGACUCACCUUACCUCAUCCUAGCAUCACACUAUGCUAAAGAGAAACAGAUCAACAAGGCUUUGGCCAGCCUUCAGGAGUGUGCUGAGAAAUAUCCAGAUAGUUCACUGAACACCAAACUGAUCCUAGCCCAGUUGAAUCUCAGCCAGGGUAACAUCUAUCAGGCAUGUGAUGUCCUGAAGUCUCUUGGUGAUGAUACAUACAAACCAGGAGUGGUGUCCACCCUAGUAGCUCUGUACAGUAGUGAGGAGAACCACCAGUCAGCUCUUGAGGUGCUACAAAAGGCUGUAGCCUGGUAUGGUGUCAACUCACCCAAAUCACCAGAAUAUAUCGCCAUUAUGAGGGCCACUGCAAACUUUGAAAUGAGAUACGGAGAGCCACAGUCUGCCACUAAAGUCUUGGAGGAACUUAGGAAAAAUGAUCCUAAGGACUUGAAGACAUUGGCCCAGUUGAUAUCUGCCUACUCCAAGUUUGACCAGUCCAAAGCUCAAGCUCUUAGUAAACAUCUGCCAUCUCCCAAGGCUGUUGCCUCUGAUGUGGAUGUAGAAGCCCUGGAGGCCUCAGUUAGUGCAUUAGGACCACGUUAUAUGAAAAAAGCCACCAUGCAGACUUCUCCAAGGCCAGGAUCAGCUGGAAAUGAUCUUGUUCAAAAGAAAAAGAAGAAAAAGAAAGGUAAACUACCCAAGAAUCUUGACGAUCCAAUUGAUCCGGAACGCUGGCUGAAGAGACAGGAGAGGUCAUAUUACAGAGGCAGGAGGAAGGACAAGACAAAAAAUAUAGGUAAGGGACCACAAGGUGCUACAACAUCGGCAGGGGACCUAGAUCAGAGUAGAACAGCUCAACAGACUGCUACAGAGGCAGGCUCCCCUAAGCCAGGCAGCCAACCCACCCCAUCACCUGCUGCAGCUCCAGUGGGACCCCGUCAACAGAAACCUGGGGGUGGCGGACAAAAGAAGAAAAAGAAGAAGGGGAAGGGAGGAUGGUAGAUUACUAACUAAUUUAAGAGAAAACUGGACAUUUUUGUUGAUUACUUUAUACAUGAAUUUUGAAAAUUUGCAAUUAUAUGUUGCUUAUAUUUUAGUCAAGACUAGACUUUCAAUCCAAGGUGUCUCUGAUAUGUUUCAGAGACAUUUAUUCUCUGGAAGUAUAAAUUUGAUUUUUCAAUUGACUCUCACCAGUCUGGACACGGAUUUGAAAGUUGUCUUGUGUCUUAUUUUUCCAUUUACUUGACUUUAAAAUAGGCGACAUUGCCUAGAUGACGUUACAUCAACCUCUGUACAGGAGAAAUGAGUAUACAGGUUUGGAAGUAAGACUUAAACCCUGUCAAUGUCAUAGCCUUGAAACUCAAAGAUACAUAAACAACUUUUUGAAAGGGAACAGACUGGUAAGAAUUAAGAACAUUGAAAGUUGUUGAUUACAUUUAUUAUGGUGCAAUUGAAAUAUUAAAUGUACUAUUAAAAAAAAUAAACAUAAAUAUAUGAUAUAUUU